CUGCGUUGCCAGGAAACAAGCAGUUUACCAAUAUGUCGACUAUAUAAUCUGAAGUGACCCAAAUGGCUAACGUGGUUAAUAUAUUAUUCGUUGAUAUUAGUGUUUUAAUGUUCAUUUCUUUGGCUCACACUCAAAACAAUCUUGUUUUCCAGCCGUCAUAUAUCAUUGUAAAUGGACCAAGGGCCACUUCACUUUUGCUCGGAAACACGUCGGACAUCUCUCUGAAUCUGAGGACAGUGUCUCCAUCUAAUACAACAGGAAACAUUGCUUCUCCAUCAUGUGUAUCUGAGGCAACACAGUGGGUGCUCACAAAGGAGCAGGUGGGAAAGACUGCAGUUCAGGUUCAGCUGAGACUGGAUAAAAGUCUGCGUUUGUGUGGUGAGAAUGAGACAGACACAGACUGCUGUCCAAAGCCACUGUGUGUCCUGGAGACUCUUCAAGUGUCUGCCUGUGUGGGCGGCACACCUCAGGCAUCACUGCUGAUCCAGGCUAAGAUACACGCUCUGUUGGUUUCCGCUAAUACUGGAUUUGGUAAUAAAACAGUCAUUCCAAAUCAAGUGUACCAACCACUGGGCUCUUGUCCCUGUGACCUCACGUUAAGAGCAUGUGAUGUACGCUGCUGCUGUGACAAGGACUGUUCUAUUGAGGAUCUGAAGCUAUUUGCAUCCCACUGUCUACCAGGACCCUUUGGUGGACAGGUCUCCCCUGCUCCAGAUUAUCAGUGCUCUGUGCAAUCCUCUGAAAACUCCCCAGAUUGGUUUCCAUUUUUAUGUGUCAAUUCUCCACCUGAAAACAACCCUUACCUUGGACUAUUCUACCAGGGAAACACCAUCACAUCUAAACCUGGCCCGUCCUUCCAAAUGCCUGUUUUGUCAGCUCCACAGCCAGUUAAUAUUUAUAUUCAAGGAAGUCCCAUUUUGACUACAAAUGACCAGUACUUCAUGAUCCCUCAGAAGAUACUCGGGCAGUGUGUUAACAAUGCUCCUGUAGCAUUUUUGAAAAAUUUCAAAGUCGAGUGCGUAACUCUGCUACGCUCCUGUCCAACUGGAUCUCCCUUACUGACAGGACCAACAGAUCUGAGGACUAGAGUGAAGAAUGGACAAGGGGGUGAUGUUGUGGUGGAUGUUACUGAUGAAGUGGCCAUUGACUCAAGUCAGUUUAUUUCAAGCACAGAUGCCUUUUCAGAUGAGGGGCUGGUAUGUGAGAAUGUGACCUUAGCGCUUGAUUACAAAGUCUACUGGAAAGGAAAUGGCAUCACAAGUAUCACACUCACUCGCACUGUUGGGACCAUCACUUUAAAUAGUAGUGUGGCAUUAACUACAAGGUAUUCUGCUGUGUUUCUAAAUGGAGACGUCAUGGGUGAGCCUAACUCAGGGAACCCAGGUUAUCAGGUGGGAAGGCCUGUUAUUGCUGGAAUUGUGGACACUUUGGACAAUAAUACAGGCUCAGUACAGAGGACGUCAGUCAAUCUUUGGAAACCAGUGAGUGAUGGACUCUGUUCCACUGCUGAGAUGAAACCAGUUCUGUUUGGAGAGAAUUCAACAUCAGGAUGUCUCCUACCCGUCAGCCAACAGAAUCUGACUCAGUGUAAUCUCCUGAGAGAGACAGUUGCUUCUCUCCAGGCUGCUUUGAUCACAGCUACACUUGUGGCAAAGAGUGGAAACCCAGAUCCUCUAACUAUGACAGACUGGGUAAACGUAGGCUUUGUGACUCAGAACAGCACAGCAAUGGAAGACAGCAUAAGUUCAUGCCAAGGAGUGCCAUCCCACCAGCAUAUCCAUGUUUGGAGUCUCAUCACUGGUAUGGUAGAGGGCAUACCUCAAAGGGAGAUCCAGGCUUUGCAAGUCAGCUACAGUCUGUCCCCCUGGACACUGGAGUGUGGGGGAGGUGAUGUCUCUUCAUGUGUGGACCCAGUGGUGACUCAGUUAUUCCCCAUCACCUCCUCAGUCACCUUUACUGACAUUCCCAUCAACACAGGACCACCCAAAACCAGGUUUCAGAUCAACUUCACAGAGUAUGACUGUGACAGGAAUGAUGUGUGCUGGCCUGAGCUCGCCUUCCCCAUCACCAAGUAUUACAAAGGUGAGCUGUAUUCUCAGUCACUGGCUAAGGGCCUUAUCUUAGUUUUCUUCUUUAUCACUGCCUCGAUUCUCGGGACUCCGUGGAGACAAAUCAGACAGGUGUGGAAGUAGUGCUGCUCUCAAAAACUCUGAGAAAAUGCUGAGAGAAAAUUGUGAUGAAGACACGCUGAUGGGGGGUAAUGGGACAAUGAGAGGCUAAAUAAGAUGAUGUAUUUAAAUAUCACUGAAAUGUAAUUUUACCUUUUCCAGGAUACAUUGUUCACAAUUUUAUAGUUUUUACAUGUUUGUAAUAUGUUUGUGGAAAUGUAAAUAGUUGUGUCGGU